AUGCCGCUUAACGACGGCAAUGUCAUGGUAGCAUCCGGAGGCCUAUUCGCACCCACAAUUCGUUAUCACGACGGCGUCUUUUACAUCGUCUGUACCAACUGCUAUCCCGAAAGCAACAACUGGCGAACAGACAAUUUCUUAAUUCACACAAGAGACAUCUGGUCCGAUGUUUGGAGCGAUGCGAUACCCUUUGAGUUCCACGGCAUUUACCCUUCUCUCUAUUUCGAUGACGAUAAUCGCGCCUACAUUCAAGGCUCAUGGAUGAUGAAUCGCCUAAGGGAGCCUACUUGCACGAUCAAGCAGUUUGAGAUCGAUGUGAAUACCGGACAACCUUUAUCUGAGACCCGAGAGAUCUUGGGUGCCUUUCCAGAUGGCGAUGCCGAAGGCCCCCACAUCUACAAAAAGGAUGGCUGGUAUUACUUACUUGUAGCACAAGGCAGAACGUUCGCACAUCACAUGCUAUCAAUAGCACGCUCGAGAGAUAUAUGGGGCCCGUAUGAGCAAUGUCCGCAUAACCCUGUGCUGACUGCAGAUGGCACGAACGAAUAUGUGCAGAACAUUGGUCACGGUGAGAUCUUUCAAGAUGUGAAUGGUGAAUGGUGGGCUGCAGUCUUAGGUGUGCGUGGAGACCAGGAGUCAGCACCGAUGGGUCGCGAGACCUUUCUCACAACAGUCGAGUGGCCGCAGGAUGAAUGGCCCACGAUAGAGCAGCCACAGAUGUCGUUCAGCACACCGCGCACAGUGCAGAUGGGUUUCGCCGCUGCACAGUUGCUCAAGAACGUCCGACAACUCAAACCUCACAUUGAAGACGUAUACCUGCACAAGCCUCUACGACGACCCUACAAGAAAGCUUCCUCAAUAACCCUCACACCCACCACCUCAAGCCUCUCCGCCGCAUCAGCACCCCUAGCCCUACUCGCCCGCCGCCAACGAAGCAUAACAACCAUCGCAACAGCCACCGUCCUCCUCGACAACGAAGCCACCCACUCCAACGCCAUCGGCGGCCUAACCAUCUACAAAGACCCCCUCCGCCACGCCAGCAUCUCCGUCUGCCUCUCCACCCGCCUCAUCCACGUCCACUUCGUCGACGCAUCCAAAGACUACGAAUACACUGCCUCCUACCCCGAACCCAUUUCCCGCUCUUCCACCGCCGUCGACCUACGCAUCAUAGCCGCAGAAGAGCGGUAUGCACUCGAGUUCCGCGACCCGGAAAGGGAUAGGCGGUGGAACCAGGUCGAUGUGGUGGAUACUAGGAUGUUGAGUGCGAGGGAUUUUACGGGCACGGUUAUGGGUAUCUUUGCGCUGACGGAUGGGAAUGCGACGCCGAGUGUUAGUCCGAGGGAUGGCUGUGAUAGUGGGAGUGAUGUUACCGAUCAGAAGGUUACGUUUCGCGAUUUUGAGGUCAGGCGGUAG